AUGUUAAUGUUCUCACCGGAUGGGCUGAAUUCUCAGGCUUGCUUAAUGUCAUCAGAUGGAAAUGUAUGCCCGACUAACUUAUGGGCAAUUUUCUACAUGCAAGGAAAGAUAAAACAAUACAAUGAGGAAUACUUGGAGUUUUUGAGAAUAACAGUUUCACGAAGUACAUACGCCUAUACCACGCUGAUUAUAAUCACAGAUAAACGUCAGUUGUUCGAUUCUUCCGUUUCAAAUCAGUUCUGCUGA